UCUGCUAGCAGAUUAUCUCGGCCGGGCUGGACAUCUCCCCGCACCUGGAGCCAUGGAUGCCACUCUGCUCCUGAAUGUGGAAGGGAUCAAGAAAACCAUUCUGCAUGGGGGCACAGGGGACCUCCCCAACUUCAUUACUGGAACCCGAGUGACCUUUCAUUUCCGAACCAUGAAAUGUGAUGAGGAGCGGACAGUGAUAGACGACAGCAAGCAGGUGGGCCACCCCAUGCACAUCAUCAUUGGGAACAUGUUCAAGCUGGAGGUCUGGGAGAUCUUGCUGACAUCCAUGCGGGUCAGCGAGGUGGCCGAGUUCUGGUGCGACACCAUCCACACAGGGGUCUACCCCAUCCUGUCCCGGAGCCUGCGGCAGAUGGCGGAGGGUAAGGACCCCACGGAGUGGCACGUGCACACGUGUGGCUUGGCCAACAUGUUCGCUUACCACACGCUGGGCUAUGAGGAUCUGGAUGAGCUGCAGAAGGAGCCUCAGCCACUGAUCUUCAUAAUCGAGUUGCUGCAGGUCGAGGCCCCGAGCCAGUACCAGAGGGAGACCUGGAACCUGAAUAACCAUGAGAAGAUGCAGGCGGUGCCCAUCCUCCAUGGCGAAGGAAACCGGCUCUUCAAGCUGGGCCGCUACGAGGAGGCCUCCAACAAGUACCAGGAAGCCAUCGUCUGCCUGAGGAACCUGCAGACCAAGGAGAAACCCUGGGAGGUGCAGUGGCUGAAGCUGGAGAAGAUGAUCAACACCCUGAUCCUGAACUACUGCCAGUGUCUGCUGAAGAAGGAGGAGUACUACGAGGUGCUGGAACACACUAGUGACAUCCUCCGGCACCACCCAGGCAUCGUGAAGGCCUACUAUGUGCGGGCCCGGGCUCACGCCGAGGUGUGGAAUGAGGCGGAGGCCAAGGCAGACCUGGAGAAAGUGCUGGAGCUGGAGCCGUCCAUGCGGAAGGCGGUGCAGAGGGAGCUGAGGCUGCUGGAGAACCGCCUGGAGGAGAAACGCGAGGAGGAGCGACUGCGCUGCCGGAACAUGCUGGGCUAGUGCGCAGGCGCCAAGCCUCCUGCCUCCGCCCCCCCUCCUCCCCCGGCCCCCCUCCCCGACCUCCACCCUCUCCACCUCUUCCCCGCGACCUCCACCCGCCCCUCCCUCCAGCCUCCCCAUCCCUCCAUCUCACUGUCCCCGUGCACUCCCAGUCCAACAGCAGGGUACUGAACAUUUCUGGUGCAGUUGGUCAGGAUUUUGGUGUCAGUUUUCAACUUUUACGUUAAUUUAUAAAAUCAAAAUAAUGCGUGUCAACUGACAAAAAAUGCACAACCUAGAAGGUGAGAAUUAUGUUAUAUUCAGCGGACUUUCUAAGGACUCACGAGCCUCUCAGCUCGAGGGACUGCUCCUAAGAGGUAAGGGAGGAACCAAGAUACAUGAGUGUCUGCAACAAAGACCAGGUUCUGGGAAUUUCCAAAGACUGAUGUUAACUAAAGAAAGCCAGAUAUCCCAAGUUAACAAGUUUAGCACUUUUCUAUGUAUAGGAAGAUGCAAGAGUCUGGACUCAGUAAAAUCACUACUUCGAGAUGCACCUGAACUGCAUAGGCGCAGUGUCCUGCUUUUCUCCAUCCUGAGUCCCCUGUGGGUGCACACUGGGACCGGCUGCAGUGCUGAGGGCUUGGCAGCCGGCAGUCCGUUUGUCUCAUCUUUAGUUCCUCAGGGCUCACUGUUCAGGUAGCUGUAGUGUCUGCUGGCUGCAACAUCCUAUGUUGACUCAUAUGGUAAACAACAUUUUUUACUGACACAUGACCUGGGUUAAAAAAGAAAAACCCAAAGGGCACAGACGAGCUUAUGAAUAAAAGUGAAAUUUCCUGCCCAAACUCCCCCAUCCCCUAGAGCCAGCAAUUUUAAUGGACCCUGUUUUUUGUUUUUGUUUUUACUAUUUUGGUAGUUUUCUCUGUCUUUGAAUAAUAUGUGUAAAUCAGUUUUCCCACAUGUCCUUUUUACCCCAUGUUAGUGAAAAGUGAGAAUUGAAUGCUUUGAUGCUCUUGGAUCCCUUCUUUCCUUCCCCUUCUAAUUUUGGGGAGUAUAUUGCUAGUUCUUUGGUUACUUUUGUAGCUUGGUACACUUCAUCUGGAGCUCUCUACUGGGUUGCAGGGAUUCUCCCGUGUGUAGGAUGAGGGUGGCAGAGCUGCAACCUCCCCUCCCAUCUCCCACUUCUUCCCUCACGGAUCUGAGGUACCUUUACUCUCCCAUCAUCUUGGCUGUUAACAUCUCCGUUUUGUCACCAAAUUAAGUCUUCUGUGCUUUGCCCACUGGUUGACUCUAAACUUUGAAAAUCAA